GAUGGUUUUCGGGGUUGAGGCUGAGCCCCAUCCACCCAGUGCCUCCAAGAAUAUUCCCACGUCAGCUAACAAUAGAACCACCACCAGAAUCGAAUAGAAGCACUAAAAGCUCACAUCCAAGCGAGGAAAGCGACGGACAAGAAUGGCAGAGCUCACCUGUACGUCAGAAGCUUGAAUUCCACUCUCUUUUGUGCCGCCCAAUGCGCUCCCUCUUCCAAGUUGCCAACCGGCCUCUUGAUCAGGAACAGGCAUUUCGAAACCUUGCCGACGCUGACCAUCCGGAUCGUAUAUGGCGUUACUUGAAACGCCGUAAUCGUACAGACUAUUUCGCAGGAGAAUCCCUUGGGGCGCAUUCAGAGCUGUUGUAUAUUAUCUUCUCGAGCGCCACUCGAUAUUUUCUACAAAUCGCGAGGGCCGGCUGUUGGUGCAUGGCCCCAUUUAUUCAUUCAAAAGUCUGUCAUGAGACAAGGUGGGCGCUAGGGUGAAGAAAACCUGAUAUGUGGCAAGGGAAGCGCAUAGCGCGUUCGAUGACUGAAAUCAGCCUGUCUCUUUCGAACAUCUGUUC